AUGUCUUGCAUGAAGGAAAGAAGUACAUGGUUGGCUACGAGUGAGCGCUCGAGCGUCUCGGUGUUUAUCGUAACGACAAGGCUUGUGCCGCGACCGCACCGCUCCGAACCAGACUGUGGCAUCGCGCAACUUGCCCCGGAAUAUCCCUAG